AUGCACUCACCAAGCGUCAACUCGCGGGACCAGGGUCCCAUCACCACUGGGCCCGGUGCUCUCUUUGUCCGCAACCAGUUCUGCACCACCAUCCCGCUCCCUACCAAGCAGAUGUACCCCGAUGUGGUCGGCAGAGUCGCGAUCGUCACGGGUGCCAACUCGGGCAUCGGCCUCGAGGCCUGCCGCCAGCUCGUGUCUCUGGGUCUGUCGCACCUGAUCAUGGCGGUGCGGUCCCUUGAGAAGGGGCACGCGGCUGCCCAGCAGGUCAAGCUCUCCGUGCCGAGUGGCCACGCCACCAAGAUCGAGGUCUGGCAGGUCGACAUGGAGUCGUACGAGUCCAUCCAGGCGUUUGCCCGGCGCUGCAGCUCCGAGCUCGGCCGCCUCGACAUGGCCAUUCUCAACGCCGGCCUGGCUCACCAGAAGUUCUCGACCCUCGCCACCACGGGCCACGAGCCCACAGUCCAGGUCAACCACAUCAGCACGAGCCUGCUCGCAAUCCUCCUUCUCCCCGUGCUCCGGGACAAGUCGCCGGCCAACACCCCGGGCAGGCUCGCCAUCACCAGCUCCCUGACGGCCCACUUGGCCGACUUUGCCCUCCGGGACAAGCGGCCGCUGCUCGAGGCGUUUGACCAGCCGGACAACUGGCUCGGCGACCGCUAUGCCCAGUCCAAGCUUCUCAAUCAGCUUUUCGUGGCUCGUCUGUCGACGCUCGUAGACGCGGACAAGGUCACCAUCACGCUCGUCGAGCCGGGCCUCGUGAAAGGCACGGGGCUGUUCAGGGAGAUGCCCGGAGGUGCUUUGCUCAAGGGUGUGAUGCACGUGGUCGGGCGGCCAGUGAACCAAGGCGCCGCGACAUACCUCGACGCCGUGCUGGCCCAUGGGAAGGAGGCGCACGGGUCCUACGUGAUGAACUGCAAGCUGGCGCCGUACUGCCACUGGUACUACGAUGACAAGGAUGGAACCCGCUACAAGAACGCGAUCUGGGAGGAGACACUAAAGGUGCUCGAGUUUGCGGGCGUGGAGCAAGUCAUCCGGUCGAUGGAAUAGAGGUUCCAACUUCCGCAGCGCGAUUGUGUUAGUGACAG